AUGGCGACCGAACCUGUCCAGGUCCGCCGCGGCCCGUCCGGCCGUUGUCCCUCGUCCGUCAGUGCGCCCGCCGAGCUGCCCGGCCGCGGGAAGGGGCCGCGGGGCGGGCCGAGGGCGCCGGUGUCGGCGGGCGCUGGCUGGGAUUGCUUUAGAGGAAGCGCGGGUGGAGACGAAUCCGGGCUCGGGCUGGAGGCGCACGCAGCCCGAGGCCAGCGGCGGGGCCGAGCCUGGUCGGGGAAGCAGUCGCGGGGCCGCGAGGUCCCUGGGGAUGAGGGAGGCGGGCGAGCCUCGCACGCUAGGCGGGGGGGGCCGAGGUGGAGGUGGGCAGGGGGCCGCGGCGCGCCGCUCCGCCCAGCCCCGGCCUCGGUGGCAUCUCCCCUCCCCAUUAGCCGGGGCAGACAGCCCCUCCACCCUCGUUUGUCCACUCCAGACCCCUCUCGGCCCAGCCCAAGCUCCCCCUCCCCCCACCAGCCAGCAGCCCAGAACCUGACACAGUGUCCGCGUCAGAUCUCGGUGCCCACCGCAGACUUCAUCCCGGGACCCUGGAGGGUGCUGAGGAGCUGCGAUUCUCCACCCUGGAAUCUGCCUGGGGCACACUUCCCGGCUCACCGGAGAGAAGGGGGUGACGGAGCUUGUAAACGCCCAGACGGGCUGCUGGUGGAAGAAGCGGCGGGAAGAUCGCUGGCAGGGCACGGCCCUCGUGAGUCGCCCUCCGUGCGUGUGUACACCUCUCGUUCCUGAUUGUAAAACCCACACACGUGCACAUGAAAGUUCUCCAGAGGAUCAAGAAGGAAAAAGUCACGUGGACUACUCCUCCACUUUUCACUUGUCAUAAGCAUUUCCCAUGUCAUUAAAAAUCCUUCCU